AUGGAAGGGAAAAUCGAGAGCCUGGAGGCACAGAUUGGUCAAAUCAGGCAGCAACAGACAGAAUUGGGCCAAUCAUUAAUGGCAGUUUUCAAAAAGCAGUUUGAAGAAUUGAGAAAAGAAUUGAGGACAGAGGGCAAACGAGCAGAAGCAAAAGAAAUGGAGAUGAUUCAUCAUCUUCUCAAUCUAGAGAGGAACACAAUCAAGGUGAUCAACCUAGACAGUGGAUUAGGAAGUGUGAAAAGUACUUCAUGUUUAAUUCCUAUGAGUGAUACUGAUAAGAUCCUUACUGCUGCAAUGCAUAUAGAAGGGCAGGCUGAUGUAUGGUACUUAGAAUAUGUGGAGGGGAAAGACGAUUUAACAUGGGAAGGGUUUAAGGAGUUGGUAUUGGACAGGUUUUCGAACAUAGAAGAAAAGAAUCUGGUUGCACAAUUUAACAAAUUGAAACAAGAGACUGAUGUGCUAAGCUACACAUUGAAAUUUGAGGCUUUAAAAGCAUUCACGGUGAGUAAUAAUAGGGGUUUAUCUGAGGAAUACUUUGUGCAAAGUUAUAUUAGUGGAUUGAAGGACGAGAUAGCUAGGAUGAUUGAAAUGUUUAAUCUUACAACCUACAAAUCUGCAGUACAACUAGCAAAGAAACAAGAACUUUUGAUCGGGUCAUUGGGUAGAGGCUCGAAACAUUUCAGUAAAAUAGGGGGAAAUAGUUUUGAUAGUGGAUGGAAGAAAAGCCAUGAAGAAGUAGGAGGUAAAUGA